AAACAGAAAGGACCUGCAGCCCCAUAGACCGCUCAGAAGUGGGUGAGACUAUCGCAGCUUCUUCGCUCCUAGUGUGCCAGAGCCCUUAGGGAGACUGUACUAUCACCAUAGGAGGGGGGGCUGUAGUGUUUACACAGAGAGAGAGAAGACCGCCAGCAGCAGGAACCAUGAAGAGUGUUUGUGACUUCCGUGUGGGUGUGAUUCUGGCACUUGUGGUCCUUUCCUUAUGUAGUUAUGGUGCCGCCCUGCAGUGCUACAGCUGCCCAGGGUUUUCAAAGAGCUGUGAAACUACCACCACUUGCACCGGGAGCCAAAAUGCCUGUUUAAAGCUGACAGUGGCUGACAGUUCCACAUACCGGUGCACAGACAUGAGCAGAUGUGAGCGAGAGUUUAUAAAACAAGAUUUCGGCGACAUCACAAACUAUAAGUACGGAUGCUGCCAGAAGAACCUGUGCAACAGCAGCAUGACCAGCCUGCCCAGCGCAGGGCUUCUCCUCUCUCUGGCCGCCGCUCUGCUCCUCGUCUUCUGCCGCUGAGCGCCACCGCCGGAACAAUCGAUCUGUUGCCGACGUAUCUGUCCCUCGGCCCAGUCUGGCAUCUUUCAUAACGUGUUCUUGGUUCAUGCAUUCUUUUGCUUCACGCUUCUAAUACUAAAAGUUGCAGUGUGUUGUGAUUUUUGUAACUGGAAACACAAGCUUCCAUAAUACAAGGCUGUGCCAAGUCUGCCCAAAAAAUUCAUUUUAGAAACCUGGGGCUAAGACUUUUCUGCACUCAUACUGCUGUUCCCUGAUUCCAACCACAUUAAUGGUGAACGGUGCAACUCUGGUUUCUUCAUUUGUGUAUAGGAGUUCAACAGUACAUCUACUCUGCUAAACAUGGCUUCACUCUCCAUACUUCAUUGUAUAAGUCAAGGGAAGUACAAAGUGGUUAGUGGCUGCCAUGCUUGGCCUAGUAAGUUCCAUGGCCCUCUAAUCGCGAUAACUAACCAGUAGCAUGGGUAGUUGAAGCCAGUUUGGUCAAGGUACAGUAAUGUUCCUAUGAUGUUUACACCAAUGGUGCAACUAUAUGGCAGUGGGGCCCCCUGCAAAAAAAAUCUUCAGAGGGGCACGGCACCCCCUUACCUGCCUAGUCGUGUCUCUAUUACCUAUCCGCUCACUGGCCAAGGAGGGGGGUAUGUCUCUACAGCUUUAGAGGAAGCAGACCCACGGUCUGGGACCCCCCUGUCUCCCCUUUCACUAUAGCAACACCAUUCUCCUUUAACUCCUUCAAGCCCAGGCAGAGUGUGCUUUGAUUCACUGACCACUAUUAUUUCUGGGUUCUUAGUGCACAAAGGUCCAUUUAUUGGUCUGAGUAUUUGAAAAACCAAAUCUUUAUAUUGACACUUAGCAGUUAAUUUGUCUUUUAUAUUGUAUAUAGAUAUCUAUGUCUACAGAGUUAGAGUUAAGUAAACUGUUUAUAUGUUUUGUAUAAGGGUUGUAUCUUGAUGCUAUUGGUUCCCUGUGCACAUUUUGCCUUCUUACCACCCUCAAAAAAAAUCCUGCCCUUAAUUUAACCACCAAUGCCGAAUCCUAUCUCCCACCUUGUGGGAUGUAACGUCUCCUCCCCAGGUAGUUAGAGGAGAUAAUUACUGGACUUGGCCGCUGUGCAAUUAAAUGACAAUUUUCCGACUCUGACUAAAGGUGGCCAAGCGAGCGGAUCUUCUCCCGAUAGUGCCCAUACACGGGCUGAGAAUUGGUCUAAAGGACCGAUAUGGGCAGCUACAAUCAGCCCGUGUAUGGCCACCUGCUUGAGUGACUUACAGGGCCUUUCCAAAAACAUGGGAACGCACUUGGGUUGGAAUAUAAACUGCUUCCCAAAUGCAAAGUGUCAAAUUUAUUUCAGGAUGUGGAACUGCUGCACUGCUCCUUAGAGUCAGGUAAUAGCACCAGUGGUGCAACAAACUGACUCAUAAUUUAGUUGCAUCAGCGCAACAGUUGCUUGGCUGCAGAUCACUGAGAACAAUGAAUAAUAAUAUAAAAAACUUAAUUUUGCCUUUUAAUAUAGUUCUGUUUUAUCCAUGCUUUAUGGAGAGGCAGCACAGUGUCUGAAUACAAGGGAACCCACCAAUGUCCUCAGGGACAAGUUGCGGAGAAAUGUUUAGUGACUGCCCAUGCCAGUAUUGGAAAGAAUAUAAUGGGUCGCUUUAUUGCUUGAUGUGUCGCUGCUUUAUGAGAAAGUGGGAGCACUUGGCCGGUGGCAUUGAAUGACCUAGAGUGGAAUUUGGAUAAUAGCUUUACUGUUGUUUCUUUAUUUGCUAAAUAAAUAAGUAACAAGUUG